AUGCCGCUGGCGACCCACUCGUGGCUUCACGGCCUCCUCAGUGCUUCCGAAGACCACGAGGUCUUGGCCUUCGGGCCACGGUCAGACACCAGCUUUCUCGGGAAGAGGAGGGUGAAGGUCAAGUUCGACGAGGAGGGAGUGCCCCGGCGGAAGGGCGUGCCUGUCUGCUGCAAUCCGUCUGGAAUACCUGGACGACACUGUCUACAGACAUGCAGGACCGAUCCGAGAUUUAUGAAAAGCAAGGAUGAGAGAGACGCGGAGCAGAUGAUGGAAGCGGCAGAGAAGCAGCGGCGGAGAAAGGAAGGCUCCCGUGGAGGCGCUGGGAGCAGGCCUGGCUCGGAAGGCUAUGCCGAGCGAUUUGUUGGUGCAAACGGCGAGUACAAUCCUUUCGGCCGCCAUUUUCCGGCGCCGCCGGCACCGCCGAGGAAACCUGGCUUCUGGCCAUGGCUGGAUGCAAAGAAGAGUCUUCAGGAGUUGGCCAAGGGAUCUCCAAACCCACAGUACUACUUGACGAACUGGAUUGACCGUGUCAACCACAUGAACUUCCUCGGCUGGGUAGAUGGACCUACGGACGUGCGGCCUGGAAUCGUCUCCAAUGCGCCCGACGAUCCCUUGGAUGAUGCCACGGAGUUCUGA